AUUGAGGAGAGGUACAGAGCAACAAAGCAAAAGGCGGAAGGUUUCCUCACAGAACUGAGGAUGGAAGUCGCUGAGCUCCAGAGCAGAAGCAGCCAGCUGGAGCAGCUGUCACAGUCUGAGGAUCACCAUCAUUUUCUCCAGAGCUUCUCAACCCUGUGCUCUCCUUCAAACAAGGACUGGACCAACGUCAGUGUUCACAGCCAUCUGUCUUUGGAGGCAGUGAGAGGGGCUGUGAGUCUGCUGAAACAAAGACUUGAUGAAAUAAUGGAGGAGGUUCCUGAGAUCAAAAUGAACAGAAUGAGAGAACAUGCAGUGGACUUGACCUUUGACCCUGACACAGCAUAUGACUCACUUGUUAUCAGCCAGGAUGGAAAACAAGUGACAGAUGUAGGUACAGAACAGAAACUUCCCUACAGUCCAAAGAGAUUUGAAGGUUUUCCUGAGGUUUUGGCAAAGGAGGGGUUCACAUCAGGGAAGUUUUACUAUGAAGUGCAAGUGACAGGAAAGACUGAGUGGUAUCUUGGAGUGGUCAGAGAGUCUGUUGAGAGAAAGAAAAACAUGACUCUGUCAAUAAAAAAUGGUUUCUGGACCUUUGGGCUUGAUGAGGGUUCAUAUAGAGCUUAUACAACACCAUGCGUUCACAUCACACUGACAGAAAAGCUUGAGAAGGUGGGCAUCUUUGUGGACUAUGAUAAGGGAAAGGUUUCUUUCUAUGAUGUGAAUUCUAAAUCUCAUAUCUAUUCUUUCACUGGCUGCCACUUUACAGAGACACUGUAUCCAUACUUCUUCCCUGGACGCCAUAUGGAUGGAACAAACUCCGCCCCUCUCAUCAUAACCCCUGUACCUACAACACACUGAGUUUGUUCCUUCUUUAAACACCAUGUAAAAACUAACAUUGAUUUCUAUCAACAACAAAUCUGAUAAAGUAUAAACAGCAACUUAUAAAUGUUAUAUCUGUUAUCAUAGUAACCUCUCCAAUAAUUAAAUGUUUUCUCUCUAUGCAUGGAGAAAAGAAGUAUGACAUUGAUUCACUACUGACAUUCUGUUUCUUUCUCUACAGGAUAUUUUCCUGUAAAUAUGUAGAUGUUAACUGAUGAUACUCAUGUUGCACAGUAAUGUUGUCAGAUCCUGUUAUAUUGCAGCUGAUGAGGAUAUAACGUAAUGUUCCUUUCAGACAUUCUGUUGCUCUCUGCUGCAUAUUUUGAUUGUUGAAAUAAGUUUUCUGCAAUAAAGUGUAACAUUCCAGCAAAAUA